UCCGACAUUUGCUCUUGUUCUCUUAUACGUCAUUACCUGGUCAUGUCCACAUACAGAGCCACCUGUUUCCCUGUCCUUGUCUCUCCCACCCUUAAUUCAAUCGUCCCAUUUUGAAGCUUCCUCUUCUCAUAAUAUUAAAGAAAAAAUAAUAAUAUAUGAACACUUUUUUGAACUAGUCAAAUUCAUGCUUCCAUGGAAUAUAAUUAAGUCAGAGUAUUCAAGAAAUUAUAUACACUGAAACUUUCAGAUAAAAGAUCUGUUCUUUUGUUUUGUUCUUUUGUAUUAUUUUCUUAUGGUAAACAAGAGCUGAAUAGCAAUAAAAAGAUUGAAAACCCAGCUCAAAUUCUUCGUAUUUGAAUCAAGAAAUGACCUCUAAUUUUUGGACAUCUCGCAUCGCCGCCGCUAAACAGCAGUAUGCGUCACAGCACCAUCAUCAGAGUUCCCAUCAAGAUCGUUUCAAUAUUGAUGAUUUCGAGGUAGAAGAAGAGGUUAGACCUGAUUUUCCAUGUCCUUACUGUUAUGAAGAUUUCGAUAUCGGGUCUCUGUGUUCGCAUCUUGAAGAUGAGCACUCGUACGAGUCUAAAGUCGCCGUUUGUCCUAUUUGCUCUGUUAAAGUUGCUCAGGACAUGCUAAGUCAUAUUACAUUACAACAUGGACACUUGUUCAAGUUGCAGAGACGUCGCAGGUUACGUAGAGUUGCAAUUCCUAACAGUCAGGCAUUGUCUCUCCUUGGUCGUGAUCUCCGUGAGGCUCAUCUGCAAGUGCUGUUAGGGGGUGGUGGAUAUAGGUCAAAUAACACUAAUGCUAAUGUGUCCAAUGCCUCCACCGAUCCAUUCCUUUCAUCUUUCAUUUUAAAUUUCCAUACAUCUGAAGCAGAGGAAAUUUCAAAAUCUGUGGUAACGAGUAUAGAGGAUUCUUCUGCAAAGAAUUCAGCACCAUCUCAUAUGUGGAAAUCAAGUGCUUGUAACCGUGGCCAACAUUGAACCUUAUGUGGAAACAUCUAUGUUAAAGUCUUGCUGGUAUUGCCAUCACUUUUUUAUUUUCCUUGGCCAUCAAUCCAUUUGUUCAUUUCUCAUGCUAAGGGUGAUUUGAUAUACUGCAAUUUAAUUGCUGGUAGUGAUCUUUUGGUCAUAUGGGAUGGGACAGGCAUCAAUGAACUUCUGUGUAGGAGGUUGGAGUUAAAUCUCCCGCUCAUAACUAACAAAGGCAAGGGUGGUGCUUGGUUGCUUGUUGGUUGAGGGUUGGGAUAAGGCCAAGGAUUUUUCUAAGAUUUAUUCCAGAAUAAAAACCAGAGAUCUGAGCACCGCAAAGACUGAUAGAGACAUGCAUACACGGUGCCCGAACACACCUGUACAUUACAUGCAUCAUGCAUACAAUUGCAAGCAUGCACACACGUGUUCAAACAUUCUGAGUUUUGCCAGGUAGAGAGGUGAACGAAUUAAUUGUAACUUGACAUGUUUAACUGAUAUUUGUUAUUUGGUAGUAGAAUUAAACAAGCAGGUGAUGAUUUGGCUGCUAAUGUCAAAAUUGUCUCUGGGAUUUUAAUUUUGACAU